GCCAUGAACGGCGGAUAUCCGCAAGAUACAUUGCGCAGCUGAAACUUGGCAAUAAACUGCACUAUUUGAACUGACAACUGCCUGGUAACUUGUCAUCAUCAUUGGGGCCAACUGUGGGCCAGACAGAAUUCCUCGCACAACGCCGUCGGCAACAUCAUGACAGCCGCUAAGUGGGGCACCGUCACAAGGCAGACGCCCCAAAAAUAGACGUGGCAACGCCAAAGGCAACGGCAACAAAUCGGAAAUGCUCUCGGCGACCGUCUUGCAGAUGCCGCCGUCUCAAUCCCGCAACAGCGGCCUGGUGCUGGGCGUCUGCCUCGGCCAGCUGAUGCAGCAGCCAGCACAGACUGCCACAAUGGCAGCCAAGCUGCCACCAGGCGAGCCACAGAAGGAAAAACCGUUGACAUCCAGAGCAAUACGUUGCUGGCCACCGCCCUGUUUCAUAGUGCUCGUCUCACUGCUCGAGAUUUUUGUCUUUGUAUACGUGGGUUCUGCUCCGCCGGAGGAUUCGCUGCUCAUCUAUCGCCCGGAUCGUCGAUUGCAGCUUUGGCGCUUCGUGUCCUACGCCUUAUUGCAUGCCAGUUGGUUGCACCUAGGAUUCAAUGUGGUCACCCAGCUGCUCUAUGGCCUGCCGCUGGAGUUGCUCCAUGGAUCGGGAAGAACGGCUGUCGUGUAUGUGGCGGGUGUCUUGGCCGGCUCAUUGGGCACCAGCGUUGUGGACUCCACAGUGUAUCUGGUGGGUGCAAGUGGUGGAGUCUACGCUCUGCUGGCGGCACAGUUGGCCAAUGUUCUCCUCAACUUUGGCCACAUGCGACAUGGACUCGCCCAACUGCUAGCUGUCAUUAUUUUUGUCUCAUGCGAUCUGGGCUACACGUUGUACUGCAGGCAAAUGGCCUUGGUGGAGUAUCAGCCAUCAGCUGGAGCCACGAUCUCAGUCUCCUACAUAGCCCACAUGACGGGCGCCUUGGCGGGAUUAAGCUUGGGUCUCUUCCUGCUCCGUCAGCUGGAUGGCAGCCUGCGUCCACGUCUGCUGCGUUGGCUGGCUUUAGGCGUUUGGGCCACCUUCAGUGGAUUUGCCUUUGCCUUCAAUUUGAUCAACACUGUAACAGCUCAACUGUUGGCCGAGCAGGAGGGGGAGGUGAUCAAGCAGCAUCUGUUGCAUGAUCUUGGCAUGGAGCGUUGACUGAAGACUGAACCCAGUCAGACCCUGAAACUAUACUCAUCAUAUCUGAAUAAUAGACUAGUCACUAGCUCGUAAUGCAUUCCAGGACAAUGUGCUCAAAAGUAUAACUCUAAGAACCUGAAACGAAUGGAAAAUGGGAAAUUCUCUCCUUACAGUCAGGUGCGCUCAAAGGAAAUCAUAUGCUACCAAUUAUCUUAUGUAAAUGCCAAAAAAGAAAUGGAGUCAAAGCGGACUACUCAACUGCUAACUGAGCGAGGCUCAAUCCAAAAUCAAAACUUUGAUAACCAAUUCAACCUAUGCCGCUUAAGAUAGUGCUAUGCAUUCUAUAUACUCUUAAGAUGCAACUGAAAUCAUCCCAUGUAUUUAUGAAAUUAUUAUAUGCGCUGUCAAAACAGUUUUAGCUAGGCUACAAAUAACUCAAGUUCCGAGAGAAGGAAACCCUAUA